AUGAAUCGCACACAGCCAUCUCACUGCGGCGUCAUCACCUACUUGAACUUGUGCGCCUCUUCAAAGCUCGCGCUGCUCGUGCCAGGGCUGACCCUGAACGCCUUUGUUCUGGCGUCGCUCUUGUACUGCAUCCUCGGCAAGCGGAGGAGUCAGAUAAGGAACAACGUGGCCGUCUUCGUCCUGGGCAGCACCAUCUGCAACCUCGUCAACAUCAUCCUAUGGCCCCUCACCAUCCACUGGAAGACCCGCGGCCGCUGGAUAUUCGGCUCGAGGGUCUGCGAGCUCAUGGUGAGCGUCAAGCACGUGACCCACUCGGCCUCCUACCAUUACGUCUUCUUCAUCUCGUUCUCCAUCUACCUGACGGUGGUGGGCGGCUGCGGCCGACUGGUGAACAGCAAGCUCUUCCUGGCCCAGCAGUUGCUCUUCCCCUUCCUACCUGUGCUAGCGAAGGAGCUGUGCCAGUGGGCACUGGCCGGCCAUGUGCAGCACCUGGACCCGGUCAACCACACCUGCUUCGCCUACAUCAACGACCCGGCCGUGAGAAUACUGAUGCUGGUCAAGCUCGUGGUUUUCCUGCCACUCAACCUCUACAUCUACGCUCACAUCCUGGUCACGAUUUUCCGCAGCGCCAGACAGAUGCACAGGAGUCAGGCGGUCAACAUGAAGUUGGCUAAGAUGUUCGGCAUCAUUUCUCUCACCACCCUCUUGGCUCACAUACCUGGAGGAGUGUUUGCAGUGAUGGAGGAGCCCACUGUUUGCCAAGAAACUGUCAAAGAGUUUCUUCUGGACCUGCCUCUCAUCUCUGGCCCCAUUGUCCUGCUGUGCAUGAACAAGGAGUUGCAGUCGCAGUGCCUGAUCCUUCUGAAAUGCCAGCCGACUGACCACCAGUCCUCCAGCCAGACCCCCACUGCCUCCGACGAGCAAAGGAAGUUCCUGAACACAGAUGUAACAACCGAGACACAUUUAUGAUCCAAAUCUGGAUCGUGUUGUAAACAUUCAUCCAACACUUGCUUGUUAAAUUAAUGUGGCAUAAACGAGUAGGCCUAAUGUGUCCAGUAGGAAUACAUUUGUUUUGGAUGUUUGAUGAUAAUGGACAAUUAGCAGAUGCAAAUGGUUUUCUGGUUGAGAAACCUGUAACAGAAUUUAAUAGGGGGCUGCUGUCGAUGUAAAACAAAUCCUGAACCAGGGCUCAGUUCAGACUUCUGAAUGGAAGAGUUUAGUAUGGUCACAUAAUAAGCUACAUUUGCGAACGUUGUUGGUACCUCAAAGUUCUAGAAAGCUCAUUGCAUGUACAGUACCAUAAUUACAAAAUGCACAAAUUCAGGUUUAUAUUUCACAUUGUGUCAACGCUGCAUUUUUUACAUUUUGUUAAUGAAAGGUGUGGAGGAGGAAUGCACACCCAA